UGUGGCGAUUUCGUCAUUAUUGGGGUCUUUGUCUUGGUCUGUAAUCCAGCUCCUAUUUACAAUAUCUUUGUGGGAAUUAUGUUUAACUCCUCGAAACUCCUUAAAGUCACCCCUAUUGUGAGCAACAAUGUUCAACUACGCUCUCUUUGUUUAUGAACAGUGUUUCAAGACCUUCGUUCAUUUUCGUUUGUGAUCAUGCGCUUUCUCGAGAAACGAUAUUCAUCGUUCUUUUGUGUGUUGUUUUUUUCUGAAUUCUAUAAGAAUGUGCAGUUUCAACUCACAUCAGAUCCCAAUUCACCAUCAUUCCUUGGGACAACUUACCUACGAAGUGUACUAUUUAUAAGAACGAGCUGGCCUCAUAAGACAUCGACUGCAGUCCGGUACUUCUCUUGAUUUCCUUCAAAUACAUAACUUCUUAUCCAUCAUCAUGGCAUUUAAGACAUCGCACUUCGUUACGGCCCUCUUGGCUGCCUCGGUAGCUAACGGCCACAUGAUCAUGGCCAACCCCAAGCCUUUUGGGGGUGCCGACCUCGAUAACAGUCCUCUCACCUCGAGCAACUACCCUUGCAAACUGAAGGGCGACCCGGCCACUUUCUACAGCACUGCUGGACUCGACAAUAAGAUGGCCGUCGGAGAGACCCAGACAAUUUCCUUCAAGGGAUCAGCGGUUCACGGUGGUGGUAGUUGCCAAUUGGCGAUUACCAAGGACAUGCAACCAAGCGUUUCCACUUCUUGGCAAGUUAUCGAGUCGAUUGAAGGAGGUUGCCCUAGCAAGUCUGGUCAAGGUGCUGACACAUACGACUGGAAGAUUCCCGACGGUGUUGCUCCCGGUAGCUACGUUUUUGCGUGGACCUGGGUUAGCAAACUCGCCGGUCAACCCGAGUACUACAUGAACUGUGCCCCGAUUACCGUCACAGGAGGCAAGUCUAAGCGCUCGGACAACGCGACAAUGGAACUCGAGACUCGCGACACCCAGUUCCCCGAGCUUUGCGUCGUGAACCUCGCUGACAUUAACUCCUGCAAGACCGAGCCCGGUACAGACCCCGAGUACCCGGACCCUGGCUCUAAUGUCGUUCGCCCGGGUACCAACAGCAAGUUCGCCAAGAUUCAGGGUGAUAACUGCGUUCCGAAGGGCGCUAAGUCCUCGGGUGGUUCAACCGGCAGCACCAACUCGGAUGCUGGUAGUAGCUCGGGUAGCAGUGGAAGCUCGGGUUCUGGAGCUGAUUCUGGUAGUGGCAGCGGAAGCGGAAGCGGAAGCGGCAGUGAUGGUUCCGGCUCUGGCUCCGGUCAGAUGUCUAGCAGCAGUGCUGCCCCUUCAGGAUUCGUAACCAGUACCAUGGCAGGCGGAGAGAGCAGCAGCAGCAGCACUCCUGUUACUCAGAGCUCAUCCCCUGCGGCAAUGGCUUCUCCAGCUGGAUCUUCGAGCCCCGCAAGCAGCGGCUCGCCAAGCUCCGGAUCCGCUGGUGGACUUACUGGUGCAUGCACUUCCGAGGGAAUGUUUAAUUGCAUCGGUGGUACCUCCUACCAACAAUGUGCCUCAGGCUCUUGGUCGACGGUCAUGCAAAUGCCCGCAACAGUCAAAUGCGCCGAGGGCCAAACUAUGACUUUGUGGGGUCGCGACGAGACGCCUGCUCGUAGAAUUGGCCGUAAAGCACACUGA